UCGGUCACGUAUCUCAGUUUUGCUCCUCUCGACUUAUCUCGAGCUAUAAAAGCGCCUCCUUUUCAGCUUCUGUGAGUGGAGGUCUCACUAAACUGCAGACAUCAUCUGCUUAGCUUAGCGACACUCCGACUUCAGGACCUUCACGUACGCACAUUGCUACCUGCCGGGCGGCGUCGUCUCGCUGUGGUGCUGUGCAACCGCGAAUGUCACGUCAACUCUGCGCACUGAAUUAGAGCAGAAGCGCCGGCGGGAGGUUUGCACUGCACAUUAGCACAGGAAACGGCGACACGCUGAGCUAAGUGGCUCUGAAAGCGCAACACACAGAGGAGCGACAUGGACGAGCUGGAUGCAUUACUAGAAGAGCUGGCAAAGACUACCCACCAUGCAGCUCCAGAAGUCACACCUGAUAACAGCGAUCAACCUGUUGGCACGGAGCAAAAUGCAGCUACGGACGGUGGAGCAGCCUUCACUGGACAGGUGCAACCAGUUUACACAACACGAUUCCCAGUAAAAAAAGAAGGUGAUGAAGACGAGGAGCACGUAUACAGUGAGCUUCCAGAACCGCAGCCUUGUCUUCUGAGCCCAAACUCAGCCUCACGAGAACUGGAUGACAUCAUGAAGGGCCUUUUACAGCUGGAUUUAGAGAUUGGUGAAAGCCCCGAGUCCAGCUGUUACAGUGUCAUCAGUGGGAAAAAGCAAGCAAAGGGUGAAGACAGCAAGCCACCAAAAACCACAGUUCAUUCUUCUAAAACAAGCCAGGAAAUUGACGACCUUCUUGGUGACCUCAGCUCUGGCAUGGAGAAGAUGGGCGUCAAGACGACUGUGAUAGGUGACUGUGCGGCUUGUGGAAAGUGCAUCACGGGGAAGGUGGUAACUGCUCUGGGGGUAACCUGGCACGCUGAGCAUUUUGUGUGUGCCCACUGUGGAGUGGAGCUCUGCUCAAGGGGAUUUUUCGAGCGGGAUGGGAAAGCCUACUGUGACACCGAUUACCACAACCUCUUCUCACCUCGGUGUGCCUACUGCAGUGGGCCCAUUCUACAGAAAGUCCUGGCUGCUCUGAAUAAGACGUGGCAUCCGGAGCACUUCUUCUGCAGCGAGUGUGGCAGGGUGUUUGGUGAUGAUGGAUUUCAUGAGAAGGAUGGGAAACCGUACUGUAAGCCUGACUUUUACCGUCUCUAUGCACCAAAGUGUUCUGGGUGUGGUGAGCCAGUGAGAGAGAAUUACUUAUCGGCUGCAGGCGGCCAGUGGCACCCCGAUUGCUUUGUGUGUGCGGACUGCAUGUCACCAUUCUUAGAUGGCUGUUUCUUUGAGCUAGAUGGGAGACCUUACUGCCAAAUCCAUUACCAUGCUCGCCAAGGUACCCUCUGUGGGGGGUGUCAGGCUCCAAUCUUGGGUCGCUGUGUGUCUGCCAUGGGUCGUAAAUUCCACCCAGAGCAUUUUGUCUGUGCCUUCUGCUUGCAUCAGCUGAGACAAGGAGUUUUCAAGGAGAACAACGAGAAGCCGUACUGCACCAAGUGCCAUGACAAGCUCUUUCUUUGAGUCAGUGAACAAUCGUACAAAGUCAUCAAGCAGUCUAAAGUGAUACAAAUGAAGACAACACAUGAAAACAAGGUGGACGACAAGAAGAUUCACCACAUAUGUGUUUUGUCCAAUAUGAGAUACAAGAAGGUCAUUUCUGGCGAUAGUUCCAGUGUGCUUCCAUUUCAAUGUAUAAAUCUUACGUUUGUGGUAAACACAUCAGGGCAGAUCUCUGACAUACCCACUUGCACAUUUCACUGUUUACUUAGAAAUAAAAAUCAUUAUGAAAGUUUAGUUUUAUUAAGAGAAAUAUCCUGAGGUAAACUUGUCUUCUACACAAAUCUGUUUGCCCAUCUUAAGGGUCACCUCUGACUGGAUAAACACAUGAAGAUAAAAGCCCAAAAUUAAUUUUCUUGCAUAAUUUUCCCCCAGUAACAUAACACUUUGUAUCACCGACUGAUUCAUUCAACAUGCAGGCUUUACAAACACAUUUAAUAUCAUUGACCAACAGCAUUGUGCUUUUCUGUUAAGACCUGCUAUGGUACAUCAAAUAAAAUAUGUAUUAAAGAAA